CAGUAAUCGUAAUUAAUACAAGCGAAAGAUAGAGGGGUGCAUUGUAAGAUCUUAAAACUAUACAUUCCUGCAGACUGGCUAUUGUCAAAGGUCACUACACUGUACAAAACACCUCUAUUUCUUGAGAAUAUCAUAAAAAAGACUAUCAUAUUACUCAUUUGUGUUCUUCACGUCCCAUUCUGAUAUUUAUUCAUCCCACAAUUUCAUCAUGUCUCAUUCCCACGACGGAGGUCCAUCCCACUCUCACCAUCAACCAGCUGGUGACCAUGGACACACUCAUGAGAUUCUUGAUGGACCAGGUAGUUACAUGGGUCGAGAAAUGCCAAUCAUAGAAGGUAGAAAUUGGUCUGAAAGAGCUUUUACUGUUGGUAUUGGGGGGUACGUGUUUUCCCUGAUUCCCAUAUUCGUGAAAUUCUCAUGUUCACCCAACACCCCGCCAUGAGCCGGAAGGGUAAAUCACGUGUUGACCCUUAUCAUUUUUAUUUCCAUGGAUGUCUUCAUGGCAUCUUAAGUUGCUCUGGUACUCAGCGCGAGAUCAUAGAUUAUAAACCUGCUAACAAAGAUGCAGACCUGUAGGCUCAGGCAAGACAGCAUUGAUGUUAGCACUCUGUAAUGCCCUCAGAGAGAAAUACUCAAUCGCAGCCGUUACCAAUGAUAUCUUUACUCGAGAGGAUGCUGAGUUCCUCACCAAACACAAAGCUCUUCCUGCAUCACGUAUCCGCGCCAUUGAAACUGGUGGAUGCCCGCAUGCCGCCGUACGUGAAGAUAUUUCAGCAAACCUUGCUGCUCUUGAAGAUCUGCACCGUGAAUUCACUUCCGACAUUUUACUCAUUGAAUCCGGAGGUGAUAACUUGGCGGCAAAUUAUUCUAGAGAGUUGGCGGAUUACAUCAUCUAUGUGAUUGAUGUCAGUGGUGGUGACAAGAUUCCUAGAAAAGGGGGUCCAGGAAUUACUCAAAGUGACCUGUUGGUGGUGAACAAGACAGAUUUGGCGGAGGCCGUGGGUGCAGAUUUGGAUGUUAUGGAUAGAGACGCCAGGAAAAUGAGGGAAGGAGGGCCAACUGUUUUUGCACAGGUCAAGAGCGGCGUCGGAAUGGAACACAUUUUGGGCUUAAUUGAGAGUGCGUGGAGGGGCAGUGGUGCGGAGAGAGUCAGCAAAGAAAGGGGUGGCCCAAAAGCCACAGAGGGCUUGGAGCAACUGAAGUAAAGAAAGUUAAAUGAAUCGCGAACGAAUGUGGGCAACCUUAUCCUACUCGAGAUAAACCGUAGGUAUUCAUUUUUGCCAUGGGAGAUGAGCCCAUAUGUGUUUUCAGCAGAAUAAAAUCUCAUUACUUGACAA